AUGGCUUCUUUUGAGAUGAACCAAGACAUGACCAUCGAGAUUCUUUCUCACUUACCUGCUUCGGUUGUCCAAAAAUUUAGAACCCUAAACAAAGAAUGUAACAAAAGAACCUACGAUUCUUCGUUUCUCAAACUCAAUCUUCAAAGAACCAAUUCGGUUUCCGGUUACUUCCUCGAGUACCGCGAAAUACUAACGGUUCACUCUGCUUUUGUCAAAGAUCUCGGAAACAGUACUCCUCAUGGCUCCGAAGUCUCGCUCGAUUUUCUACGACCGGGAAAAGUAAAGAUUGAAGCUUGUGAUGCAAGUCAUGGGAUUUUGCUUUGUGUUAAUGAUCGUCCGGUUAGAGGAAGAGAACCGGAGUAUAUCGUCUGCAAACCCACUACAAAACAAUACUUGGUUAUACCAAGACCCAAAACCCGGUAUUUCACAAUCGCACUCGGUUUAAUGGUUAUUAGAUCUAACCCGAUCCGGUAUAAAAUCCUCAGGCUCUCAAAAUUGCCUUCGAAGGAGAAUAAGCUGGACAACUUCAAUCCCACUUUCGUAUGUGAAGUUUUCGAUUCGGAUUCGUUUACGUGGAAGAGAUUAACCAAUGUGGAACUACCAGAAGACGACUUUCCAAAAAACUCUAAACCGGUUGCUUCGUAUGGGUUCUUGCAUUGGUUAACGACCAACAACAAUGUACCUGAGAAUCUAGCGAGAGAUAGAUCUUUGAAAUUGGCAAGAUACGAAGGAAAGCUCGGAGUUAUUAGCUCGAGAUCGAAGAAAGGACUGGGAUUAUCAAGAGAUAUGGGGCUCGAACCUGUAGGAUUCUCAAGCAACGACGUCGUAACGCUAGCUGACGUGGAUCGAAUCUGCUUAUACAAUAUGAAUAACGAGGAAUCUCAGAAUUUACAAAUCAGGGCUCCAAAUUUCUUCCCUUUGCACUAUUCGACCAUGAGUUAUUUUCCUCUCUAUUCUGAUUUCGAGAGAGUUGAAUUUAACCGGAGAUUCAACGCUAUCAACUGGCUAAGUGAUUACGACGAGGAAAUUCGAGGGUUAAUGAAAUGCAUCUUUAAGUUAAUUCUUUAUUAUGCUUUAACCAUGUUAGCUUCGUAUAUGGAAUCUUCGAACUCGAUGUAA